AUGCGCUGUCAGAAAUCCUCUCACAGAGUAACAUCAGAACGUGAAACGCUGGCUGGGCUUAUCCGAGCUCUUGCCCAACCACCCGCCAUCGCCGCUCAGCCUGACCAGUUCAGUCGCCGCGAAAACAAGGCCGGUAUCCUAGACUACCGUCCACAGAACCCGCCUCCUAUCUUCAUCUACCACACCGUCUACGCCCGGCUACUGGCUGCGGUGAACAACCACGACCCUCAGCUCCCUGUGGACCCCGAAGAGUUGGAUAUCGCUGCCGAUUUUAUUGCUCGCGGGCGCGUUUAUGGCUCAGAGGAGCCUUCGGCCCUCUCGGAUGUGUUGGAAGAGGAGCUUCUUUGCACCUAUCAUUCGACUCCAGUCGAGGCCCCGAACGGGUUCAAGCCCGUCUCUGUGUUCAUACGAGUGAAGCCGGAAGAUGACAGUACGGACCCUACGGCGUACGCGGAGUGCACGUACAUCGACACGUACACGUCUCUCGAGGCGACGGACGUGCGCAAGGCGUGCUGCUGCCCUGCGCUGCUUGUUGCGUGCACCGGCACAAGCAUCCAAGUGCUUGGUGCCGCGUUCGCAGACCACAUCAUCGUCCAACCGCUCGUGGACCUCUCGCUCUUCCCCCUGCCCGGCGCCGACGACGUCAUCUACCGCGUAGCGCGACUGUUCCGCGCUCUGCGCACGGCCCGCGGAGAGCUGGAGAAGUACUAUGCUGACGUCGUCUCGUCCGUCGCCUCCUGCAUCCCGGCCCCAGCCCUAAUCAGCCCCCACUGGACCGAGUUCGUCCACCCGGAGCACGGCCUAGUGGUACUGCAGUACACCGGCCGUCUGGGUGUGGAACACUACCCUAGCAGGGCAGUCUUCACUGCGAUCGCGACGAUGGCGGGAGCACCACCUGUGGACGUGGUCGUCAAAUUCGCGCCUCAAUACAGCAAGCAGGCCCACGAGCUGCUCGCGCCGGAAUUCGCGCCGCGGCUGUGGCACUGCGCCGAAGUGGAGAGCGUCGGGAUGUGGGCCGUCGUCAUGGACUUCGUCCCAGGAGAGGAGCUGGACGAGGGCGAGGUGCUAACGCCCGCGCAGGGCGAUGCGCUGCGCUGUGCGGUGGGGCGGCUGCACGCGCAGGGGCUAGUGUUCGGAGACCUGCGCGACGCAAACGUGCUCACUGUCGGCGACGGUGUUCGGCUCAUCGACUUUGACUGGUGUGGUGUGGUCGGAGAAGCGCGAUAUCCUGCUGAUCUCCACAUGGGUCAUGCCUGGCCCAUGGAUGUGCGUCGAGGUGGGCUAAUCCAGAAGACACAUGAUUUAUAUUGGGUCGAGCAGUUGACAGAUAGUUAG